AUGGCGGCCAUGGCGGCGCUGCCCCCGGGGCCGCUGUCGCCGCCUGGCGGGGGCGCGGCGGACGCGGCGGGGCCUGAGGGCGCCGAGGGCCUGUUCGUGCUGCUGGGCGCGGGGCUCGCCGCCGCCAGCCACCCCCUGCUCUACGUCAAGCUGCUUGUGCAGGUUGGCCAUGAGCCACUACCUCCAACCAUUGGCAGAAAUGUGCUGGGGAGGAAGGUCCUGUACCUGCCUGGCUUCUUCACCUACGCCAGACACAUCGUGGAAGUGGAUGGGAAGAGAGGCCUCUUCCGGGGCCUCACCCCUCGCCUCAUCUCAAGCACUUUAUCAACCAUCACCAGGGGGAGUGUGAAGAAGGCUUUUCCACUGGAAGACAUGGAGCACGUGUCUAACAAGGAUGAUGUGAAAACUUCACUUAGGAAAGUGGUCAGAGAGACAUCCCACGAGAUGAUGAUGCAGUGUGUGUCCCGGGUUGUGUCACACCCCCUGCACGUGAUCUCCAUGCGCUGCAUGGUCCAGUUCGUGGGCCGGGAAGUCAAAUACAGCGGUGUGUUCAGUGCCAUUGGCAGGAUAUUUAAGGAAGAAGGGAUCCUGGGAUUCUUUGUUGGGUUAGUCCCUCACGUCCUGGGGGAUGUCAUCUUCCUCUGGUGCUGCAAUCUCCUGGCUCACUUCAUCAACACCUACGCUGUGGACGACAACUUCAGCCAGGCCUCGGUGAUCCGGAGCUACACCAAGUUUGUGAUGGGGAUCGCUGUGAGCAUGCUGACCUACCCGUUCCUUCUCGUGGGAGAUCUCAUGGCAGUGAACAACUGCGGGUUGCGCGCCGGCCUCCCUCCCUACGCUCCUGCCUUUGCAUCCUGGAUCCACUGCUGGAGGUACCUCAGUGCUCAGGGGCAGCUGUUCCGUGGCUCCAGCCUCCUGUUCCGCAGGGCGCCCAUCCCAGCCUCCUUCCCCAUGGACUGACGCCUCGGCAGGGACAGCUCACCAGCCUGGACUCCUCAAGAAACCCCCAGCUUGUUUCGAUAUCUGUACAUUUCUAUUUUCUGAUCCAAAGUCCAUGGUGCCAGAACUGACACCUCCUCCAGCAAGACCAGGAACAGACUUCUGGACAUCUGGCUCAGGCUCCAGCUGCACCAAAGCUCCAUCCUCGUGGCUGUCUCAACUGGGGUGUAUAGCAGAGAGAGCAGAAAGCUGUUGUCUCUUUAGUCCAGGCUGUAGCUCUGGAGUUGCUGGGGAAGUUCAGGAAUCCAGAAAAUGCCCAGGUACUAAAGGAGCCAGCCAUGAGCUGCAGGGACAAAAGACUGCUUUGUUCUGCCUGAGCUGAUAAGCAGCAGGAGAUCCAAGGUCACCUCCCUGGGAAGGUUAUGCCAGGUGACAGCUCCUGCCUCAUCCUUUCUGGAGAGAGCACCUUGGCCUGGCAGGUGGCUCAUCCUGGGCAAGAUCAACCUGGCAUCCAUAUUCAAGGUUUGAGGGUACCUGAUCACCCAGGAACAUCCCACCUCCCACGGGCAUGAAAAUGAAAUUAUAGGAUCAAAACAGGGAAGGGAAACAGAUCCCACUGCAAAGAACAGCAGAGUCCCAAAGAGACAGGUCCAGCCCAGCUCAGGGCAGUGAUGGGAUGUGGACACUGAAGAGAGCCCUUGGGAAGGGACAUGUGGUGCUGCUUUGGGCAGGAUUUCAGUCAUGGAAUGGGCUGUGUUGGGUACAGGCAGCAGGGCUGUGGGCUGGGCAGGCAGCCUGCACACAGUGGGUGCUGGGUUGGACUGGCUUGGCUGCACUGAGGGGCAUCUCCCAGCUCCUGUUGCUGAUGGAAAUGGAGCUGCUGGGAUCUGAGAGCUGCUCACAAAGGGCUCUCCUGCAGCAGGGGCAGCCAUCCAGGGCUGUCUGCAAUGAAGGCAUGCACCUUGAGCUGGCCAAAGGCUGCUGAGGCAUCAGAGUUGAAGGCUCCUGGUGUCAGUGGAGCAUGGCUCUGUGUGUAGCAGAGCUCACCAGGGCAGGAUUGAUGCUCAGCUCCCCAGACAAGACUUUCUUUGCACCAGUCUGUGCUGUGAUGGCAGCCAGGCAGAUUUCCCCCAUUUCACUUCCCCACAAAGCAGUCUUUUGCACAGAGGUGGUGCUGCCCUCCUGGGAAGAGGUUUAGCAAUGCUUGAGCAGGUUCCCAUGUGGGGUCACAUCUCAUCCUGGUCCUCUGGGGACCUGCCAUCACAGGGGGCUUUUCUCCAGCAGGCAGGGUCGAUGCACACCCCUGGCAGGGUUGCAGGACAGUGCUGGUGUGUGUGCAGGGUUGCAGGACAGUGCUGGUGUGUGUGCAGGCUUGCAGGACAGUGCUGGUGUGUGCAGGGAGUGGCAGCCCCCACCCAGCUCCCUUCAGUGUGGUGAAGUCAGUCCUGUCUGUCCUCCCUCGCUCCCAGUUUGUGUUACAGUUAAAUAAUGCAUGGACCUGUUCCCUAACACCACAGAUGAUUUCAAAGAGGAUUUAAUUAUGCUCCAAAAUACAGUUAUAAAACAA